AUGAUAUAUCUUCUGCUCGUUUUGACGUUUCGAAUAGCAUCAGGAUUGGAAACGUACAACGAGCGGCUAGACAUAAAGACUCUUGAAAAGGGAAGGGUACAUGCAAAGUUCACAUUUUUAACUUCUAAAGACAUUAUUGGUAAAAUGGAUUUCAAGUUCUUAGAAACAGUAUAUCUUUCAGACAAUGACUUCAUACUCUUUCCGCGGGUUCUUGACCAGCUUGUUGAAAAAUACAACGUUCAUCGCUUUGUGUUAACCAUGCAGCAAGGAAGAUGGCGCAGAGAAUGGAAUGAGCCGCCGCAACCUGCGUCUCCAAUCGGAGCUCAGCUUCUCGUGUACUUCAAAACAAAAAACGCGACAGAGUUCGUUUUUUUUCUCAUUGUUUGGUGAAGGAAUACAUAUAGGGCUGAAAAGAACUUCUCUUCUCUCGUGGAAGCUGCGAAUGGCCUUUUCUGCACCUCACUCUCUUCUUUAACCGUCACGGCGGUAUCUCCAGAACUCCCCGUUUUGGAGAAGAAAUCUUUUGAGCUCACCACGAGGUUGUUUCAAAUCCGUUUUUAAAACGAAACAUUUAUAUUAGAUAUGGCAUAGUGAGCAAAGAAACAACUUGUACAGAGAAUCUCUCGCAACUUCGCAAGCUUCUGCCGUGUAAAUCGGUUCGGUUCCACGUUCGAAGUUUCUUGACUUGAAUAGCUUUUCAGAGCGGCCUCUCAGUUUUUCUCCACCCUUCUAAACUCUACGACUCGCUCUUUCACUCUCUCUCAGUUUCUAUAAAUUCUUCUUGCGAAGUUAGUAUUUAUCUAUCAACUAACUAUUUCCAAUUCAGGAAAUUAAAUGUAGAAGGAGCAUUGAGUUCGAAUUAUCGGUUGUCUUCAAAACACCAGCUGACGGUUUUUCCUCUUAUUUGAAAAUUAAAUAUUUUUUUUUGAAGGAUGGUUAUUGUCGCGCCUUUUCGACAGUCAGUUCUCUGAAAAAUGCUCCGUUGCAGAAUCAAGUAAAGUGACAGUUUCUCAUGACCCGGUACAUUAUAAAUGUUGUCGCGGAAAAAAAAACGAAGAAGUUGUUAGAUAUCGGAUAAAGUUAAACCUUCUGGCAAAGAAUUGGAAAAAGGCGUUUACGAAUACGACUUUUCGGUCUGGACCAAGGGGGCGGAUUUGGAGGUGGAGACUCCCUCAUUCAAAAAUUCCUCCAUUGUUCAAUCUGCAGGAAUUAGGUUAAUUAGCGCCACCAAUUUUUUUUUUCAAACAAAAAGUGCUUCAGAAUUUGGUCGACGCUCGGCGGUUUGAGCCAACACUCCGGAGAGCUCCGUAUUUCAGUCAAAAACUUGGGAAAAGCUGGAAACAACGUUGUGAUUUCUCAAAUCGUGCCUUACUUCGUGAGAGUCCAUUACAAUAGCCUCAUGGUGAAAUGUCGAUCUGCUUCUUCACGGGUAUUUUUCAAUAAAAUUUGAUAAUAGCACAGAUUAUCCAGGUCCGCGAGAAAGUUUUCAAAGCUUCAAAGGCGCCAAAGUCUUCGCUUCUGAUUCAAUACAAUCUGGAAAUAGACGAGACCGAUACAUGUAUUCUUCAUAUACCACUGGAAAAGUCUUUGCUGCGGUCAGUUCAUUUAUUUUUAGCUGGUGUGUUAAUAGGCUCGACAUAACGGCAAAAAGCCUCAAACGAAGUCUCACCUAUGAAUGACUUUUAAAAAAUAAAGAUCUUUUUUUCACGUAUUCUAUGAAAAAAAUAGAAAGGCAACAACGAAGAAAAAAAUAUAAUGUUUCGUUGAUAAAUUUUCAGAAGAUAAUGGUUAACAGUGUCAUCGAUGCCCUUUCGGUUAAAAAAAUAAAUUAUUCUACGUUUAAUUUUUUUUUUUAAGGAUAAACGACUAUACACCGGACGCCAAUCACGGAAUGUACAUACCAGGAGCCAUAGCCACAUUUUUGCAGAUAAAAAAGUUUAUAUAGAAAUUAGAAGGAUUCAAAAUGAAAUACUUAGUGAUUUGAACGGCGGAUAUGCUGUUCACAGCAACGCAGUGUUGGUGGCCUUGCCCGUUCCGGAUUUUAGUAUGCCUUUCAACGUUAUUUGCUUCGUCGCCACCACCUUGGCCGUCUGUUUCAGUCCUAUACACACUUUCUCCACUCUGUGGUUCGUUUUAACGACAUUUUAUAUCCUAUGAAACAUUUUUCAGGAUUAGCCCCGAUAUACCAAAGUCGGUGAUGGUCAAGAAAAUUUACCGCGGGUGUUUACUGAUGCUUCUAGCGUUGUCGUUGUAUGCUCAUUUUAAUAACUCGAAUCUUCACGACCUGAGAAGAUUUAUUUCUGCUUAUCUUCAAAAACUUAACGAGCUCAAAUAA